AAAUUGUUGAUUUGCCUGAAUUGACUUCUAAGGUGAAAGGAGCAAAAAUUUUCUUCUAUGCUGCUAACCCUAAAGAUAUCUGUGACAUGCAAAAAGGUGAAUCUUCUGCUAUUUCUAAAGAAAAUGUUAAUCCUCUACGUGACUUCAAAGUAAGUACAUUUGGAUGUGGGGUUUGUAAAGACUUUACAUCUGCAAAGGAAAAGGUCAAGCACCAUUUAUACACAGUUCAUAUGAAGAUAUUGAGAUACAAGUGUACAAUAUGCCAUAAAAUGCAAAGGGAAAAAGAACAAAAUGUGCUGCAUUAUAAAAAUGAGCAUCAAACCAAACAUGAGGCGACAAUCACAAAGAACUACCCGAAGUUGACAUUUAAUUUUAGUGAUGGAAUACUGUACUAUAUUCCUGUAGACCCAGGCAAAAUAAAACAAUUAGAAAGACAACACGGUGGAAAUAGGCAGGUGGAAAACUUAGAACCAUCAACAAAAAUGACAAAAUUAGAAGGUUCACUCUUCGAGAAAAAAACAGGCAGUGUGUACAAAUGUAUCCUCUGCGAUUUCUCAGACACAGCCGAAGUUUCUGUGUAUAAGCACAUACAAAUAGAUCACUUGGGUGACAAUAUUGUGAAAUGUUCCCGCUGUGCUUCAGAAUUUCAAUCGAUGGAUGAUCUAAUUAGGCAUACCUCAUCAAAGCAUGGUAAACCACAGAAUGUACAAUCUGUUGAUAUACCAUUCCCUAAAAAAGGAAGAUUGCUUCAGGAAAAGCAAGGAGUGUUGUUAGUGGGUAACCCUGUCUGGUUAGAACAGGAGUUGCUGGAUGCCCCAAAAGUUAGUCUUCCAUUUCUGCCAACACUGAAGGUGAAGAGGCUUACCUACUUAGAGAAACUGUUGAAAGAGGGUACACCAGCAAAGAAAAUAUGUAUACAUAUGAAAAGAUCAAGGAAAAGAGCCCAAAGUUUGGAAUCCCUGAAUUUGCCGUGUAAGAGACAAAAGAAAGACCCAGUUAGCAUGACACAACCUAUACCAUGUCCUAGGUGUAGUUGUAAGAUAGGAAAUAAGGCACUCUUGGAGUCCCACAUGAAAACCCAUUUUGGAUACAAGCCAUACAAGUGUCAGAUUUGUAGCUUCUCUGGGACAACUCAAUCUGAUAUUGUUGUACAUCAUAAUAUUGCACAUCCUGGCCGGAAAGGGAAGUUCAAGGUUGAUAAAGAUGAGAUGAUUGAGACAAUGAUCUCCAGUGAAAUUUCUAUUGCAUUUGAACAGCUUGAAACUGAGCUGGAAUCUCAGCGUAGUGCAGACCCACCUGUGCUGGGUCAACCCAAACAAGCCAAUGUUAAGGCAGAACAUGUAGAUAAUGGGAGUAAUGACGCUACAGAAGAUGAGAACCAGAUGGAAGCUGAUGAUGACUCAAAUGACGAUACAGUGGAUGAUAACAAUGAAGUGGAUUCUGAGCCAAGACCAGCUCAAAUUAAACUUGAGAAAAUUGAUCAAAUUGGGAAGAAAAGAAAAAUAGGAGGUGGAUUUAAAACACAAGAAAAAUACAAGAGUAAGGCAUUUAUAUCGUCCUCUUCAUCAUCAGAUGAUGACAGUGAAAUAAAGAGUGAUAGAAGCAGUACUUGUAAAAAAGCUAGGAUCGAUGUCAACGAAUCUUCUACUAAGAGAGACUUCCAUCC